AUGACAACUCAAUCGGCUAGUUACGAUGAUAUUCAUGAAGGUAAGCCACGCAUUACAUCUUACGAUGAUAAUGGUGUUCGUACAACCACCACAACAACAAAACUUGGUCCAGAUCCUAAGGAAAAACCGAAAGAUAUAGUUACAGUGCGUAAAAUUCAACAUCCCGAUUCAAUUGAAACAGUAACAAUAACUGAAAAAAAACUACCACCAAUACGUUAUACAGAAACUAUUACACGAGAAAAAUUACCAAAACAAAGUACACCAUCACAUACACAAGUAGCACAACCAGCACUGUUAAAUGUACCUACUUCAGGAGGAUUACGUCCUACCAGCAUACCACCGACGCCAGCAGAAAAAUAUAUUACACAUGAAAUUCCUCCAACUGCUACAACAUAUAAUGUUGUACGCCCGCCUAUUGUAUCUUAUUUUCCAACACGUCAAGAACGUGUUAUUGUAACACAACCGGAACGUUUAACGGGACCUCCAGUUGUCCUACGUUCAACUCCUGAACCCACAUCCUAUGUUCCAGUACAAAAUUCUCGUACAACACGUUUUGUGGAAGAUCGCCAUACGCUUGUUAAUUAUCCAGAUGAUUACUAUGGAACACGUCGUACCGGUCAACGUUCCCAUUGGUGUGGUAAUUGUGGAGGUGAUUGUUUUAGUUGUAAUUGUUUUGAUGAUUGUUGUGGUACAACGAGUUGUUGCCGAACAAAUUCAUUUGCUCGACGAAAAGAUGUUGUUUCAUAUAAAACCAGAGUUACGAGAGAUGGACGACGUGUUCGUUAUCGUAAUGCUGACGUACCCGGUUAUCGUUGUUGCAAUUGUUGUACAGGAUGGUGCUCUCGUGUAUGUCCAUUUUGUUCUUGUCUCGAAUGGUUUUGUGCAUGUCCAUGUUGGCUUUGGCUUUGCUGUCUCCUACCGUUGCUGCUCGGUCUUCUCGGAUUAUCAAUUGGUUUACUGACACAAUUACCUUCGAUCACAUCUAGGACGAGCAAUGUUCGAACAUUACGCGUGAUUGAACAAGUCACGAAUGAAACAUGGUAUGUCUAUGGACUUGAUCAACCAUGUCAAGGUAGCGCGACAAUAUUUCCACCUAGUCUAUCAACAAUAACAACUCUAAUACCAUGUGCACAAACAACAACCAGUUGGGCACGUAUAAUACAAGCAACAACAUUAAUAACUAUAAGCAAAACUAUCAAUUCAAGUGCAGGCCAAUACAAUGAAUUACGUGUAACACAAUCGUAUAAUACUGUCUUAGCUGUACUGGGACAAAAUGCUGUUUGUCAACCAGAUCGAAAUCAAGCCGGUAUACCCCUCUAUUGUGACCAAACAACAACAAGUUUUUCCGUAUCAGCAACAUCAUCAUCAAGUACGGUUUUUGCCGUACAAGUAAAUCACAGUUCUCAUCUCGAUUAUGAUUAUGUUUGUUUUAUUCUAUUAACUUUUUUAUCUGUUAUUAUGCAAAAAUAUUUUCAAUUAAUUAUAAGAGCGAUUUUUAUUUAUUAA